UCUCGGAAAACGAGCCUCCUUGUUGGAUUUUCUUGCAUGCCGGGGGAUAAUUUUAUUUUAAGCCAGCGUCUGGAGGAUACCAAACUGUGGAUCUAUGCGAACCCUCCGUGGGAGUGUACGACAUUUGUGAAGUUGAAGAGGAGGAAUGUAUCGUUUCUUUGUGAAACUAACAUUUCUGAUUCCAGCCAUCGUCAUCUCACAAGGUCUAAGAUGCUCUCUGCCAACUGAAUCCUGUCUGAAUGGAGGGAGGUGUGAAGCCACCUCCAAUGGAAAUGGAGAAUGCAAGUGCCCCAGUGACUAUGUGGGCAGCCGGUGUCAGUACCCGAGUCCCUGCAGUCCUUCGCCCUGCCGCAACGGUGGCGAAUGCCGCGCCGUCUCCCAUGGCAACACGUUUGAUUUCCACUGCGCGUGCCGCCUUGGCUUCUCUGACCGGCUGUGCCUGACGCCCACGAACCACGCCUGCAUGAGCUCCCCCUGCCGCAACGGAGGGACAUGCGACCUCAUCAGCCUCACGGCCUACCGCUGCCGCUGCCCACCUGGAUGGUCAGGUAAAACCUGCCAGCUCGCCAACCCGUGCGCCUCCAAUCCAUGCGCCAACGGCGGCCAGUGCUCGGCCUUUGAUUCGCACUACAUCUGCACCUGCCCUCCCACCUUCCACGGCCAGACGUGCAAGCAGGACGUCAACGAGUGCGCCCAGACCCCGUCCCCCUGCCGCAACGGUGGCGUGUGCGUGAACGAGGUGGGCUCGUACCACUGCCGCUGUCCUCAGGAGUACACGGGCCAGCACUGUGAGACCCCCUACAUGCCAUGCAGCCCGUCACCCUGCCAGAACGGGGGCACCUGUGUCCAGAAGGGAGACACCACCUACGACUGCAGCUGCCUGCCAGGCUUCACCGGUCAGAACUGUGAGCAUAACAUCGAUGACUGUCUGGGCCACAAUUGUAAGAACGGAGGCGUCUGUGUGGAUGGCGUGAACACCUACAAUUGCCAGUGCCCGCCUCAUUACACAGGCCAGUACUGCACAGAGAAUGUGGAUGAGUGCGAGCUGAUGCCCAAUGCGUGUCAGAAUGGAGGGACGUGCCAUGACACCCACGGCAGCUAUCACUGCGUCUGCGUCAACGGGUGGACGGGGGAUGACUGCAGCGAGAACAUCGACGACUGCGCCAGUGCCGCUUGUUACCACGGCGCCACCUGCCACGACCGCGUGGCCUCCUUCUUCUGCGAGUGCCCACACGGGCGCACAGGUUUGCUGUGCCACCUCGACGACGCCUGCAUCAGCAACCCGUGUCAGAAGGGCUCCAACUGUGACACCAACCCGGUCAACGGCAAGGCUAUCUGCACUUGUCCCCCAGGUUACACGGGGUCAGCCUGCAACCUUGAUAUUGAUGAGUGCUCGCUGGGUGCCAACCCUUGCGAACACGGCGGUCGCUGCCUGAACACCAAAGGCUCCUUCCAGUGUAAGUGUCUCCAAGGUUAUGAGGGCCCUCGCUGCGAGAUGGAUGUCAAUGAGUGCAUGUCUAAUCCCUGCCACAAUGACGCCACCUGCCUGGAUCAGAUUGGAGGGUUCCACUGCAUCUGUAUGCCAGGAUAUGAGGGUGUGUUCUGCCACAUCAACAUAGAUGAGUGUGCCAGCAUGCCGUGCUUUAACAAUGGCAAGUGCAUCGACAAGGUUAACUCCUUCCACUGCGAGUGUCCGAAAGGUUUUUCAGGGAGUCUGUGUCAAGUGGACAUUGAUGAAUGUGCCAGCACGCCCUGCAAGAAUGGAGCCAAAUGCACCGAUGGUCCUAACAAGUACACCUGUGAAUGCGCGGAAGGUUACACAGGGCAACACUGUGAGACUGACAUCAACGAGUGUUACUCUGACCCCUGCCACUACGGCACCUGUAAGGAUGGCCUAGCCUCCUUCACAUGCUACUGCCGCCCUGGUUACACCGGCCGCCUGUGUGAGACCAACAUCAACGAGUGUCUGAGCCAGCCCUGCAAGAACGGAGGCACUUGUCAGGACAGAGAGAACACGUAUAUCUGUGCCUGUCCCAAAGGCACCGCAGGUUUCAACUGCGAGGUAAACCUUGACGACUGCAAGAGCAAGCCCUGCGACUAUGGGAAGUGCAUCGACAAAAUCAACGGCUACGAGUGUGCAUGCGAGCCAGGCUACACAGGAGCAAUGUGCAACAUCAACAUUGACGAGUGUGCCAUCAACCCCUGUCACAAUGGGGGUACCUGCAUCGACGGCAUCAACAGCUUCACCUGUCUUUGCCCAGAGGGCUACAAUGACGCCACCUGCUUGUCGCAGGUGGACGAGUGUGGCAGCAACCCGUGCAUCCACGGUCGAUGCCACGAUCUCAUCAAUGGCUACAAAUGUUUCUGCGACUCUGGCUGGAGUGGCCCAAACUGUGACAUCAAUAACAACGAGUGUGAGUCCAACCCAUGUAUGAACGGAGGAACCUGCAAGGACAUGACCAGCGGAUACCACUGUACCUGCAGAGCCGGCUUCAGUGGACCUAACUGCCAAACUAACAUUAACGAGUGUGCAUCCAACCCCUGCCUCAACCAAGGCACCUGCAUUGAUGAUGUGGCUGGAUACAAGUGCAACUGUUUACUGCCCUACACUGGUGAAAACUGUGAAACCCUGCUGGCCCCCUGCAGCCCCAGGCCCUGUAAAAACGGUGGAGUUUGUAAGGAGUCUGAAGACUAUCAGAGCUUCUCCUGCAUCUGCCCCCAAGGAUGGCAAGGUCAAACCUGUGAGAUAGAUAUCAACGAAUGCGUGAAGAACCCAUGCCGCAAUGGUGCCACCUGCCAUAACACCGUGGGCAGCUACCAGUGCAAGUGCCAGCCAGGCUACACGGGCCAGAAGUGUGAGACAGACAUUGAUGACUGCAAACCAAAUCCCUGCAGUAACGGUGGACUGUGCAGGGAUGGCAUCAACAACUUCGUGUGCACCUGCCUGCCAGGUUUUCGCGGGGGAAGGUGCGAGCAGGACAUCAACGAGUGUGAGAGUAACCCCUGUAAGAAUGGGGCCAACUGCACGGACUGUGUCAACAGCUACACCUGCUCCUGCCCACCUGGCUUCAGCGGCAUCAACUGUGAGAUCAACACCAACGACUGCACUGAGAGCUCUUGCUUCAAUGGUGGCACUUGUGUGGAUGGCAUCAACGCCUUCACCUGCCUGUGUUUACCUGGUUUCACCGGUAGCUACUGCCAACAUGACAUCAACGAGUGUGACUCCAAACCAUGUAUCAAUGGUGGCACUUGCCUCGAUAGCUACGGGACCUACAAGUGCACCUGCCCUCAUGGCUACACAGGAGUCAAUUGCCAGAAUCUUGUCCGCUGGUGUGAUUCAUCCCCAUGUAAAAAUGGCGGCUCCUGCUGGCAGCAGGGAGCCUCCUACACCUGCCAGUGUCAGACUGGAUGGACAGGCCUCUACUGUGACAUACCCAGCGUGUCUUGUGAGGUGGCCGCCAAACAGCAAGGUGUUGAAGUGGCCCAACUGUGCAGGAACUCAGGCCAGUGUCUGGACGCAGGAAACACACAUUAUUGCCGCUGCCAGGCUGGUUACACUGGGAGUUACUGCCAGGAGCAAGUGGAUGAGUGCUCGCCCAAUCCCUGCCAGAAUGGAGCCACUUGUACUGACUAUCUGGGAGGCUACAGCUGUGAGUGUCUCCCUGGCUACCACGGCGUUAACUGCUCCAAAGAGAUCAAUGAAUGUCAGUCUCAGCCCUGCCAGAAUGGAGGUACCUGCAUUGACCUCAUCAACACGUACAAAUGCUCCUGUCCCAGAGGAACACAAGGUGUCCACUGUGAGAUCAACCUGGAUGACUGCAACCCUUCCAACGACCCACUGACCAACGAGCCCAAGUGCUUCAACAACGGCAAGUGCGUGGACCGGAUUGGAGGCUACCACUGUGUGUGCCCGCCGGGCUAUGUGGGGGAGCGCUGUGAAGGGGAUGUCAAUGAGUGUCUGUCGGACCCAUGUGAUCCCAGGGGGUCAUACAACUGCAUUCAGCUCACCAACAGCUACCGCUGCGAGUGCCGCACCGGAUACACAGGUCAGCGAUGCGACAAAGUGUUUGAUGGAUGCAAAGGUAGACCCUGCAAGAAUGGAGGAACAUGUGCUGUUGCUAGUAAUACACCCCAUGGUUUCAUCUGCAAAUGCCCACCAGGCUUCACCGGCUCCUCUUGCGAGUAUGAUUCUCGCUCCUGCGGCAAUCUAAAUUGUAGAAAUGGGGGCACAUGUGUCUCAGGUCACCUCAGUUCACGCUGCCUGUGCCCUCCAGCCUUCACUGGUCCUGAGUGCCAGACCCCCACCGACAGCCCCUGCAUCUCCAACCCUUGCUACAAUGGUGGCACUUGCCAGACCACCCCAGAUGCCCCUUUCUUCCAUUGCAGCUGCCCCAGCAAUUUCAAUGGGCCACUCUGCCACAUCCUGGACUACUCCUUUCCUGGAGGGAUUGGCCGUGACAUCACCCCGCCUCCGGAAGUGGAGGUGAGCUGUGAGAUUCCUCAGUGUGACGAGUGGGCGGGAAACCACAUCUGUGACUCGCUGUGCAACAAUCACGCCUGCGGUUGGGACGGAGGAGACUGCUCACUCAAUUUUGACGACCCGUGGCAAAACUGCUCUGCAGCUUUGCAGUGUUGGCGGUACUUCAAUGAUGGGAAGUGUGACGAGCAGUGCAACAGUCCUGGGUGUCUCUAUGAUGGCUUUGACUGCCAGGGACAGGAGGGACAAUGCAAUCCUCUGUAUGACCAGUACUGUAAAGAUCACUACGCUGAUGGACAUUGUGACCAGGGCUGCAAUAAUGCAGAGUGUGAGUGGGACGGCCUGGACUGUGCCAACAACAUGCCCGAGAAGCUCGCAGACGGGCACCUUGUUCUGGUGGUCCACAUUCCUCCAGAGCAGCUUAAAAACGGCUCCUCGGCCUUCCUCAGAGAACUCAGCAGUGUUCUCCACACCAACGUGGUGUUUCGGCGCGAUGCCAAAGGCGAACCAAUGAUCUUCCCUUACUAUGGCAGUGAACAAGAACUGGCCAAGCACAAUGUGAAGCGUUCCACAGAAGGCUGGCCUGAGUGGGCUGCAAUGCCGGCGAAUGUGUUGACUCAAGUGAAGGACGGUGUCUCUGCCAUGGUCAGCCCACGGAGACGCAGAGAGCUGGAUCACAUGCAGGUUAAAGGGUCUGUGGUGUACCUGGAGAUUGACAACCGUCAGUGUUACCAGCAGUCCACUGAAUGUUUCCAGAGUGCCACGGAUGUCGCCGCAUUCCUCGGAGCGCUGGCCUCCAGUGGGAAUCUGAAUGUUCCCUAUAUUGAAGCUGUCACCAGUGUUAGACCUACUCCCACCAGUUCCGAGCUCUAUCCCAUGUAUGUGGUCUUCCUGGGCUUGGCUGCUCUGGGCUUCAUCUGCCUUGGUGUCCUGGUGUCCCGUAAGCGUCGCCGCGAGCACGGCCAGCUCUGGUUUCCAGAGGGAUUCAAAGUGUCUGAGCCCAGCAAAAAGAAACGCAGAGAGCCUGUUGGAGAGGAUUCUGUUGGACUGAAGCCUAUGAAAAACUCUGACAUCAAUCUUAUGGAUGACAAUCAAAAUGAAUGGGGUGAUGAAGAUCCAGACUCCAGACGCUUUCGGUUUGAAGAGCAGGCUAUGUUGGACUUUGGUGACCAUACUGACCACAGAAAAUGGACACAGCAGCACCUCGAUGCAGCAGACCUACGCAUCCCCUCCAUCGCCCCUACCCCUCCUCAGGGAGAGAUAGAGAACGACUGUAUGGAUGUCAAUGUCAGAGGACCUGAUGGUUUCACUCCCCUGAUGAUUGCCUCCUGUAGUGGUGGAGGACUGGAGACAGGUAACAGUGAGGAGGAGGAGGAUCCCUCAGCAGAGAUCAUCUCUGACUUUAUUUACCAGGGAGCCAACCUGCACAACCAGACUGACCGCACAGGUGAGACUGCUCUCCACCUGGCCGCCCGGUAUGCCCGCUCCGAUGCUGCCAAACGCCUCCUAGAGUCCAGCGCCGAUGCCAACGUGCAGGACAACAUGGGCCGCACCCCGCUUCAUGCUGCCGUGGCUGCUGAUGCACAGGGCGUCUUCCAGAUUUUGAUCAGGAACCGUGCGACAGAUCUGGACGCCCGCAUGCAUGAUGGGACCACACCAUUGAUUCUGGCUGCCCGAUUGGCCGUUGAAGGCAUGGUGGAGGAGCUGAUCAACUGCCAUGCUGACGCUAAUGCCAUUGAUGACUCUGGUAAAUCCGCUCUUCACUGGGCAGCAGCUGUAAACAAUGUGGAGGCUGCUGUGGUGUUGCUGAAGAAUGGUGCCAAUAAAGACAUGCAAAACAACAAGGAGGAGACGCCGCUGUUCCUUGCAGCUCGUGAAGGCAGCUUCGAGACAGCCAAGGUUCUGUUGGAGCACUUUGCCAACCGUGAGAUCACCGACCAUCUAGACCAGCUGCCCAGAGACAUAGCCCAGGAGCGCAUGCACCAUGACAUUGUCCGCCUUCUGGACGAGUACAACUUGGUUAGGAGUCCUGGGCUCCACAGUGCCCCCCUAAGCGCUGCCAGUCUCUCCCCACCGCUGUGCUCCCCCAAUGGCUACGUUGGCAGCCUCAAGCCGGCGCUUUCCGUCAAGAAGGUUCGCAAACUCAGCUCUGGCGGGAAAGGAGGGAAGGACGGUGGCAAAGAAAUCAGAGUGAAGAAGAAAAAGUCACUGGAUGGGAAGGGCAAUCUGCUGGACACCUCAGCUGUCCUUUCCCCAGUUGACUCUCUGGAGUCGCCCCAUGGCUACCUGUCUGAUGUGGCUUCAUCUCCCAUGACGUCACCCUUCCAGCAGUCACCACCCAUGUCUCUCAAUCACCUGCAAGGCAGCGGAGAUUCACUUAUGGGUCAAAUUAGCAUGGGUAAGGAUUUGGGCUGCAUGUCUUUUGACCCUAACCCACCCCGUCUCUCGCACCUACCUGUGUCCAGCCCCAGUGGUCAAGGUGCAGCCUCCAUAGGUGGAGCCAGAGGAGGCCAAUGUGACUGGGUCUCUAGAGUGCUCCCAGGUGUAGGACAACAGGGUAGCUUCAGUCAGGGCCCUCCCAUAUCCCACAACCUGAUGGGUCCUCUCCACGGAGUCAGUACUGCCACCUUGUCACAGAUCAUGGGAUACCAGGGUCUGCAGACCAGCCACCUUGGCCCGUCCCCACACAUGAUGCAGCAGGCUCACGCCCGGCAGCUCCAACACCAGACCUCCAACUCCACUACAGCCGGGCAGGGUUUCCCCAGUGUUGAGCUCAGUGGCUCCGACAUGCAGCAAAACAACGGCUCAGGCCGCUCCAUGCCUAUCCACACUAUCAUGCCCCAGGAGACCCAAAUCCUCGGCACACAGUUCCUCACUCCUCCUUCCCAGCACAGCUAUUCUGGCCCGAUGGACAACACACCAAAUCACCAGCUACAGGUGCCUGACCACCCUUUUCUAACUCCCUCCCCUGGCUCCCCUGACCAAUGGUCCAGUUCAUCUCCACAUUCCAACAUGUCUGAUUGGUCAGAGGGCAUCUCCAGCCCUCCCACAAGUAUCCAUUCUCAGAUGAAUCUCAUCCCAGACCAGUUCAAAUAGAGACUUGUAAUCGAAAUGGAAAGAACUAUUAAAUGGAAAAAGAAAUAUAAAAACUUAACAAAGCAAGAGAGUGGCAAACCUGACUGAAGACUGAAUAUUCUCCCUUUUUUAUUAUUGAUUUUUAUACUAACGAUAAAAACAGUUUUAGUAAUUUUGUAUUUAUUUAUGUGCUUUUGACACGGAAUAUAAAGAAGAUGCUUUUAUAUUUAUGCUUUUUUAAUUUUAAUUUUUUUUUUGUUUUGUUGUGUAUGGAGAGAUUAGAAACUGUUUCAAAGGAGUAUAUAUUGGAAAGAGGCUCCUAGAUUUGUACACUGGCUAUUUAUUUGUGUCUUGUGUUGCUAUAUUCACUGGAUUUAUUUUUAUUUUCAUUUUUUCGGGAGUUCACAAAUUUUAAUUUGGGGGUGCAUUGUCUCCUUUAUGUUUGUACAGAGAUUUUUUUGGUUCAGUGUUUAUAGAUUAUCGUUAAAGUUUCAGUAUUAAUUGGUUAGAUUUUAACAUUGAAGCAGGUUUGUUACUGAACUACAUUUCACAAAGUCUUAUCACUGAGUCUGUAUUAAAAGACGGAUGGUCAAAUAUUUUUUUAUGGCAUUCCCAAAGUGUCACAGCGUAGCUUUCUACCCCUUGCUCUCUCAGCUGACCUGAAAAGAGAGGAAUAGCACAGAGGGUAACAGGGCUUGAGUUAUUUAUGUUGGAGAUUUGGGACCAGAUAACACAAUCAGAUUUUUUUCCCUUUUUUUUUUUUUUUUUUUUUUUUUUAAACAUAAUAGAUAUUCACUGCCCCUUAUCAGUUGGACAUCACAUUGGAAAUGGAGCUGAAGAAUUUACCUAAAUCAGCCUGAGCCUGUUUUGGUGUAUCAUGGACUGGUGUAGAGUAAUUGAUUUGAUGAUUUAUGACCCAAGGAUGAGCAAAGUGUUUCUUCUUUAUGUGUUUUAUCCCAAUUCAGUCAUUAUGGUUCAAUUCAGUCAUUAUGGUUACCUUGUUCAGCCUACUAGUAUUACACUGAGGCCCUUUUGUAGAAAUUUCACAUGUUACCUUUGCCACAGUUUACAAUGUUGCCAGCAUAAUUUUUGUUUUUCUUAAGAAAAACAAUGUAUUCAUGAGAUUUCCUGUUAAAGUGUCUUGGACGGCACUUUGUGCUUGUGAAAGAAAUGGAAAACUUCUUCUGUGUGUUAAAUGACAUCACCUGCACUUUGUGUGGAGUGUAGUAUAAGGUGUCUGUAUGUCACGUUUUAUAAACUAAUCCAGAGAUAAAGAUGUUUUAAGAAAAGAUGUAAUUCAAAAUUGUUGUUCAUGCAAAGUUGUAGUUUGCAAAAAGUAUUUCCUGAUUCAAAGUUCUUUGUAAAAAUCAUUUUGAUUCAAUAAAUUCUACUGUUAAACUUUUA